AUAUGGUAUACGGUGCGCUAGUCGGACGUGUUGAUGGGUGUGCGCGAAAAAGGCGUAAUUUCGUCAUUAAAUUGAACAAAAAAAAAACACGCACAGAGCGAACCAAUUAAAAUAAACAAAAACAUCAAAAAUUACAAUUAGCUAUAUUAAUAAAAAAUCGUAAUCGGUUUAUUAAAUGCUGCGUUUAAAGUGCCUACGUGUGGGAUUUGACAAAAUCUUAAUAUCCGAUUAGUCUGACAGUAAAAUUUUGUAAAGAAGUCAGCUGUAAAAAAUCACCGUAAUAUGGUCACCUUAAUGCCAUACAGUUAUUCUGCCCCAAGAUGUGGACUAAUUGAGAAAAUGAUUGAACCUAAGGUUAAACGUCCGAAGACAGAGCACACGGAUACAAAUGAACGAAAUCGCCUCUGCUCUCAAACCACCACUCAAUCGCCUCUACAGCAGCAGCAACAACAACAGCAGUCGCAUCAGCCUCAACACCACACUUCACAACUUCAUCCUCACUCCCUGCCUCAUACACAAUCGCCUCUGGGCGCAGCUGCCGCGGGCACAUCGGCAGCGUCCGGACAAUGCAGCCCGCUAACGCUGCCGCCACAGUCGCAACCACUGCAGCCAACAAUCACUUCGCUGGCGUCACUUAGCAGUCAUUACAAUGCGGCACCCAACCUGAAUUCCAGCUGUAGUCUAUCGACUGGGCUAGGCGCCUACCCCUCGUUAAGCGCCGCCGCCGCUGCGUCGUUCACCCAGUCACCCGGCAGCAGUUUUUCCACAUAUCAGCAUCCACAUGCGACGGCUGACGGCACGCCCAGCGGCGUCGAUGCCACAACGAGUCUAAGUAACACGAGCGUGGCGGGCGCGGGACGUCACUCUCAUGCGGAGUUAGGUGUUGGCGUGGGUGGCACCGUUAGCGCGGGCAUGUCCCAUUGGCUGCCAACAGAGUCACACUUGGCAUCUGUGAAGUCGGAGAAUCGCAGUCCUGGUCUUAAUAACAGCGGCGGUGGCGGUGGAGGUGUUGCAUCUAAUGUGAACACCAACAGCAGCGGCAUUGAAACGCAAUCAACUUUGGGCGGCAACAGCGCUGCACAGCUAGAUGGCAAUAGUGGCAUGGCGGGAAAUGGUGGCACACCAGGCAACAGCUCAGUCUAUAGCUGCUCCUCCGUCGGCGGCUUGAGCGGUUUGGAAAGCACUGUGGCGGGCAUUGGCACGAACUCUUCAUCCAGCGCAGCUAUGGCGGCGGUUAAUUCAUCAGCUGCAGCAGCUGCUGCAGCGGCAGCUUACGACACCAGCAAACACGAUUACUACAACUACUACAACAGCAUGCAACAGUAUACGCCGCCGUUCUACUCCACCUACGGCACACCUUACACCACAGCGGCUACGCGCGCAGCCCCUAAAAUCGAGCCCGGUUCGCCAUACUUGACAUCGUCAUAUGCCACUGCAGCAAGCAACAAUAAUUCCUCGCAGCUCUAUCCAACCGCAUAUGGUUACAACAACUUUGCGCAGUUCGGCACAGCAGCAGCAGCUGCAGCGCAGCAGGACUACAGCGGCUACUAUAACGAUCAGUAUGGCAACUAUUACAACCCUGCCAGCUACUCACCGUAUGCAGCUGUAAGUUCGCCCAGUUCGAGUGCGGCCAGCCACGGCUUUCAUGUGGGCGCUUCCAACUUGUCGGAGAGUCCUACAGAUACGCACUCGACCACACCGAUUUUGCAUGCCACACACUCACCACACUCGCCGCUGCCGAUCUCACCGAAUGCCAAUGCUGCGGCGCUUAGCACGAAUGUCGCGGCAGCAGCGACGGCAACACAUGCCAAAAGCACGCCAACCAGCAAGAGUGGGCGUUCGCGCGGACGACGCCACCAACAGCCCAGUCCAACACGCAGCACCACUUCGGACACACCAAACAGUGAUGCGGCCAAGCCGCCCGAACGCGUCUUCAUUUGGGACCUGGAUGAGACGAUCAUCAUUUUUCAUACGCUACUUUCCGGUUCCUUCGCCAAUCGCUACACCAAAGACCAAAGCACACUGCUGACGAUCGCCUUCCGCAUGGAGGAGAUGGUCUUCAAUAUGGCCGACACGCAUUUUUUCUUCAACGAAAUUGAGGAAUGUGAUCAGGUGCACAUUGAUGAUGUGUCCUCCGAUGACAAUGGACAGGAUUUGAGCAAUUAUAAUUUCGCGACGGACGGUUUCCAUUCGGGCGCGCCACCCGGUGCGCCGCCAAAUCUUUGCCUGCCAACUGGCGUGCGCGGAGGCGUCGACUGGAUGCGCAAGUUGGCGUUUAGAUAUCGGAAAAUCAAAGAGAUCUACAAUACCUACAGAGGGAACGUUGGUGGACUGUUGGGUCCCGAGAAGCGUGAUGCCUGGCUACAAAUACGCUCGGACAUUGAGAUGGCUACCGAUAAUUGGGCCUCGCUGGCCACGAAGUGUCUGAAUAUGAUUGCGCAGCGCGAGAACUGUGUAAAUGUGUUGGUGACGCAGACACAACUGGCGCCUGCGUUGGCUAAAGUGCUGCUCUUCGGACUCGGCAGCAUAUUCUCCAUUGAGAAUAUCUACAGCGCGCAUAAGAUUGGUCACGACACCUGCUUCGAACGGAUUAUGACGCGUUUUGGACGGAAAGGCACCUACGUUGUUAUAGGCGACGGCACAGAGGAGGAGAAUGCGGCGAAGACAUAUAACUUUCCAUUUUGGCGCAUCUCGUCGCACAGUGAUAUUCGCGCCCUCUACACGGCGCUCGACAUGGGUUUCUUAUGAAAGACGCGCUGUUGCAGCUGGGUACAUUGCGCGACAAUUACACUGUAAAAAUAAGAAGUAAAUUAUAUGAUAACAAUUGUAAUAUUAAAUAGUAUUGAGUUAAUUGAAAAAAAAAAAUAAAAAAUUACAAC